UCAUCUUUGCAAUAUCAAAAUCUAAAACUAUUUUGGAUUAUAAGGAAAUAAAAAUUCCAGUAUAAUUGUCCGAACGAACAUUGUAUUUUGGUCGUUCGUUGAUUUGAUGCAACUAUGCCCUCUAUAUAAUAAUUCCGUUUGCCGUUGAAACAUACUCGAUUGUGCAUACUACCAGAAUUCAAAAUGGCAAGCACCGGUUGGCAAGUUGCAGGUUCAGGAAAAUCCCAAAAACCCAGGCCAGGAGGCCAGGGGAUGAGUAAAACUCAACGUAAAAACUUUGUGGAUAACAUGCCUCGAGUAGAAGCUAUCAGUCCUUUGGAAGAGAAGCCCACCAUGUUUGAACAAGCUUUCAAAGAGAAGACUGUAACUCAGAAUGGCAAGGAAAACACUCGACCUUCUACUGACAAUGUGGCCAAGAAGACGCAGGGGAAGAAAAAACCUCAACCUGAGAAAAAGAAAGAACCCAGAGUUACCUUUGAAGAGGCUUUAGCGAAGAUUGAUGCUGGAGAAUUGGAGUCUAUCUUGGCGAAGGACCAGCAGACAUUUCCUGACAACUCCUCUGUCUGGUUGAAGGAUAUGGCAAGCUACCUUAACAUGAAGCUGGAUGAUAUUGCUGACCCUUCCCCUGUAUUUGAGGGACAAGCCCCUGACUUCCCUGCCUGCAAGCUGCCCAAGGGUGUUCAGAAGUUGUUGAGAGGCGUGCUAUCUAAGUGUUCCCAGGCAACUUUGGAACUGUUCCUAGAGCACUGUGUACAAUCAAUGAUCACUGACAUGGGAAAAGGUAUUGCCACUGGUGGAUAUCGUAUCUUCAUUCAACUCAUGGCCACAGAGAAACCAGACCUAUUUGUUGAAACUGUUUCUAAGUACCAGGACAUGAUGAAGUCUAACCAGAACAGACCACUGAGGUGUCUGUCAAUCAUGUGGGCCCUGGGGCAGUGUGGGAUCAAAAGUCUCAAAUGUGGCAUCAAAGUAUGGUUGAACCUGAUGGUGCCAGUGUUAGGUACAAGAUCUCUCUCCAGCUAUACUGUUGACUAUCUUGACAAUCUUUUCAGGCAACAUGGAGAUCUGAAGCCUGCAUUUGAUGUCAUGUCUUUUCGAGACUUUUUCCCUAUUAUGGAUGCUAUAUUCAUUCCUAGCUCCAACCUUUCUACUCAACUCCAAAAGAAACUUCUGGCUCUCUACCCAAAGAUAAAGGAAAUUGCUUUUGGGCAACAUCCUGAUGCUACUCUGAGGCACUACUUUCCUUCUUUCCUGGCUAGGGCCACACUGCAGGGGAACAACAACCUAAGAGCAGAGUUGGUGGAGUGCUUGGUGCACUGCCUUGCAACAGACAAGCAAUGCUUCAGUGUGUGGCGCCAGAUGUACACCAAACACAUGCAACAGUCGAGUGUUCUGUUAGAGCACUUCCUAACACAGUGGGACAAAGUGAGCAGUAAGGUUGACAAGACACAGCUGAAGGAGACGAUUAAUGCAUUCAGCAUCACCAAUGAGGAGUUGGCCACGCAGGGAAAGACAACAGCUGAUGGCUACAAGAACUGUGUGCAGAAUUGUAAGUUGUUGCUGUUGAAGAUGAGCAAGGGCAGAUUCCCAUGGGGCUUGAUGUUCUUCCUGUUCUUUGCUGCAAUAGCUGGAUUGGUGGCCUAUGACAUUGUCACAUCCAAGACUGGAUUCAAAGGGUCACGUACAAGCCAGAUGUUAAAAGAUGCGGGAGUGUUGGUGUUCUUGGAACAUCUCUACAACCGUAUAACAGUGUAUACAGGCAAGGCAACUGGGUGGCUUCAAGAUAAUGUACCCUAUUACUACGGUCAAGUAUGUUCAGUUGUUGGACCAUAUCUUACUCUGGCCUGGGAAUCACUCGUAGCAGGGGCUUUGUAUAUAGUUGCACUAUUUAAGGCAACCAACCAGUGGGUAGUAGAAAAGUGGCCAGUAUUUCUAGAGUGGCUUGAGGCAAAGUUCCCUGGUUUACAAGACAGUAUAACGGAGUACUUCUGGUUAACAUGGGGCUUCAUAGUAACGUGGAGCCUAUGGCUUUGGCAGCAUUUGCAGUAUUAUGGUGCCAUUAUGUGGCAACAUAUAGCCCAUUAUGGGGCCAUAGUGUGGCACUAUAUGGGUGUCUAUGGUGCCAUAGCCUGGAAUACUAUAUUGCUGUGGAGCAUGUGGGCGUGGCAACAUGUCGUAUAUGCUUGGGCAGUUAUAUCAAACUGGCUCUUGGAAAACAUAUUCAAAGGAAACUUAUCUCCAGAAAAUCUUCAACGUAUUCUCAGUUCUUGCCUGGUCUCUCUACAAGGCUAUAUAUCCAGUUUCACUCAGUGGUGCUAUAAGAUCAUACAAGGAGAGCCAUCUAUCCAGGCCAGCUAGUCGCAUCAUUACGCUACCACUCUACAUGAUAUAGUCAAGAACUGCCGUGACCACCCUUUUAGAAGUUUGCCCAAUUAUAUGUGUCAUUCUAGCCAUGCUUUCAUUAUCAAAACCUGAAGAAUUUAACAGUCAGCAAUUGCAUGAAUUCCAACUUUGUUUGGAAAUGUUAGAAAUAAAGAAUGUUAUAGAACAAUGCAGAGAAGGCAUGGCUUGAGUGAACUUUUUUGGCUAAUAUUGUAUGAACCUUUGAAUUGAUAUUCACCAGUUUUGAUGUUCUAAUGGCUGUUAUGUGGAUUAGUAAUAUAAAUAUUUGCCUGAUAUUAAAGGCGGAAUGUGGUAAUGAAGUAUUAUGGCACCAUUAUUCUGUUCACGCUGGACUAAAUUGAAACCACUUAUCGUCCAUAUAGGUGCCAUUUAAUUUAAUUGGUUUGCAACAUCUGAAUCUAUAUAAUUAUGUGAUUUCAAGGUGUAUCUACGCUUGCCCUAACUAUUGAUUGUUCAUUUAUUUUUCCCAUGACAAGAUUACCAUUGUGAUUGUUGUAUUGUGACAUCAUAUACUAUUACUAUGGUGAAACUUUCAUUUUUGUCCUACUUAAUGACAUUUUAAAAAGUGUGAGACUUGCUUAUAUUGAUUGAUUUUUCAAUUAAGUAUAUUUAUGGUAUCACUAUGUUUUAUGAUAUCAAAAUGAAGCAACUUUUAAUUUAAAUGUACUUGAUUAUAGUAUAUAAGUAAUAAAAAACAAGGAAACAGCGAAAAUAAUUACAUGGAGAUAAAGUGUUCAACAAGUGAUUGGUAGUUGUGAUAUAUUCUGGUCAUACACAAUUACAAGUGUUCUAGUUAUUUAUUUCAAAUAAGU